AUGACGCUCAAGAAGGGCGCUGCACUUGCAUUCGUUUGUUCUUGUAUUGCUGCGCUUGUUAUCUCGAAUUGGUUCACUGGUUGGAUGGGAAAGGCUAUUGCUCAGACUCGGAGUUACAUGCUCCCUGUUCUUGUUAUUGUUCUUACUCUUGAACCUCUUAUGUUUCUUAUAAUCUUGUCUAUUGCGAGAGUUCCACCAUAUAACCCGCCCAAGACGCAUUCCCCUUCGGUUGUGCGGGAGACUGUGAAUGAGAAGAAUCCUAGCGAUCUAGAGCGCGGCGUGGUGGCGGCCGUCGCAGAGGCCUGGGAAACCGCCUUUGUGAUUCCUUGCCACAAUUCAGACCGCGAAGCUUUACGAAAGGUGAUCGAGUCCGCAUAUCCCCAUUUCAGACCCCAAGACAUCUUCAUCAUUGACAACGGUCGAUCUCGCCAUCCGCAAGACCUCUCCUUCCGCCACUGGCUCAAGAAACUCCAUCCCGAUAUCGUCUACAUCUGGUCCCCCAUCGGUUCAAAGAACGCAGCUCAACUCGUCGGUUCCCUGGCAGCCAAGAACUACAAGUACAUCCUAACAACAGACGAUGAUGUCUCUCUCCCCGAGAACUACCGCCAUCCAAUUCAUCUCAUGAACGGCCACCUCCGCGCCGUUGCUUUUCCUCUAGCAGGCACUGAUGCAGAGGGUAAUAUCCCCCUAGGUAUGGUCUCUUGGCAAGACUGUGAGUACCGCAUGGCUGGUCUUGUCAAACUCGCUGAGGAUCCUACAUGCGGCGUUAACUUUCCCCACGGCGCUGGAUGGUUCGUCGAUCGCGAUAUAUUCGUUGAGCUUCUAUCGAAAUAUCAUCCUAUGGAUUUCAUUGCUGAAGAUGCUAAUGCUGGGUUUUCUAUCAUGCGUCUUGGGAAGGGUAUUGCUUUUGAUGCGCAGGUUACGCUUGCGACUGAAGUUCCGGCGACUGUGCUUGGUCCGGGGCUGAACUGGUGCAAGCAGAGGAUCAAGUCAUGGGAAAUGGGAAGGCAUAGUCUGAUCUGGAAGAUAAUGCGUCAUCUAUUUCGCAUGAACGGGCAGAGAACGAUCCAAGGAGUUCUUAUGCAAAAAGGUCUCUUUCUUUACGUCCUCGCCUGCCUAGUCAUCGACUGGGUGCGUAUUCCCGUCCUGGUCGCUCUCGGCGCGCAUAAAGAAUACUGGAUCUUUUUCUUCAGUCUUGCCUUUGUCGCCUGUAUUCCUCCCCUUCUCUACAACUAUCUCAGUUGCUGGCACCGUCCUGAUAUGCGCAUUGGACUUGCCACCAUCGCUACUUAUCCUGUUUACAAGCAGCUGUACAGUUUUGUCUCUGUUUUUGGUGCUGUUCGUUGGGCACUGUUUUACAUUGGGGGACAUGUGAGAGCGAAGCCUAUUCGGAAGAUGCUCAAGGAUGGAGAUGAAGCGUGUUUCUGGCUGGACCCAAGAUUUGAGACGAAUCCUGCUUGGUUGGCGGAUGAGAAGGAAAAGAUGGUAGCUGAUGAAUUGGCAAUGAGAGACGUUGGAUCGACAUAA